AUGUUUCAAGGUUUUAGUCUGGGUUUCUGUUUGGCAUUACUUUUCCUCGGACGGUUUGUUUGCAACGCGUGUCUGUCUCAAUGUAGCUGCUUCUUUCACAAACUCUCGGACGGAUCCAACGCAAGGUAAGACCAUUGCAAUUAUUACAACUGAUUAAAAUGUUAAUGUAAACAACUUCUAUUCUACAUAUUUUUUCUGUUGUGUGGUACCUGGGCGUAGUAUGCAGGUAAGGUCUGCACUUCUUUUUUUUUAUAUAUAUAGGCUUGAGGAUUAACUUGCUCUGCUCUAAUCCCCUUUCCUUGGUCCUGAUGUAUACACCACGUUUAGACCAAGGGAGAAAAAAAGAAUGGAAAAAACUAACGGUUAAAAACCGAGCAAAUAAAAAUAUUUAGGGUGAUUUUUUUUUUUAUGCAUGAAUUGUCAACCUAUCAUAUGUCAUGAACACGUACAAGGCCAUGGUUAAUUGAAUCAACCUUGUAAUAACGUUUAAUUAUUUAAAUAAACAUGUUACAACAGGUUAUACAGUGACAUUCACUAACAUGUGUUUACCUUUCUCUCUAUCUAUCUAGGAGUGUCCUUUGUAAUGACCCAGAGAUCACGCUGGUCCCACCCAACUUUCCCGCAGACACCUUGAAACUGCGGAUCGAGAAGACUGCCAUCACAAGGAUUUCCAGCGAAACCUUUCACUACCUCAACAGUCUGGAAUUUCUCUGGAUGUCUUUCAAUUCUCUGAACUCUUUAAAUGUGGACAGCUUCCGUGGCCUGAGAAGUCUGGAUGAGCUGAGACUGGAAGGGAACGCUCUCACCUCUUUCCCCUGGGAAUCUCUGACUGAUAUGCCCAACCUCAGGCUACUGGACCUGCAUAAUAAUAAGAUAUCGUCGAUCCCGGCCGAGGCCACCAGCUAUAUCAAGAACCUGACCUACCUGGACGUAUCUAGCAACAGCCUGGCCACUGUACCUCCUGAGGUUCUCUCUACGUGGUUAUCUGUGAAACCAUCUCAAGGAGAUGGGGAAAGUUCCAAAUAUAUUCUAGGUAAGGAUCUAAACAGCUAAUUAAGCAAUUAAUUACUCAAUCAAUUCCAAUUAAAGCAAUCUUUAUUUACCUAGAGGGAAUCCCAUUUGGUUUGCUUGAACCACCCAGUUUAUAAAUAGCAUUAACUGGAAAGUUGGAGGCUUCAGCAUCAGCAUUUGGGAGUAGUAAAAGGAUUAGUCUAAUUGUAGUGAAGCCAUACUGUAGUGUUAAUGUGACUACAUUCACUAGUAUCACUUCAAACUAACAUGAUUACUUCUACUUCCAAUGAAUUCUUGCUAAACUGCCUUUGUAUACACACAACACAUGGUGCUAGUUCAGACAGAGCGAGAACAUUUGUCCAAAAUAUGCAUGUUUGUCUUAUCUAUUGCUAUGCUAAAAGUGAUGUUGUUUUAUUUUACCUUUGUUUAGCUACCAUUGCUGUUACUUUAUCUACCUAAGUCGCUCUGGAUAAGAGCACCUGCUAACGAACAAAAAUGUUUAUGGGGCGGCAGGUAGCUUAGUGGUUAAGAGCGUUGUGCCAGUAACCGAAAGAUCGCUGGCUCUAAUCCCCGAGCCGACUAGGUGAAAUAUCUGUCGAUGUGCCCUUGAGCAAGGCACUUAACCCUAAUUGCUCUGGAUAAGAGCGUCUGCUAAAUGACUAAAAUGUAAAUGUAUAUCCUGGUGAAAUGUUUAUUUUAUUCAUCGCUGUAGGUCUCCAUGACAACCCGUGGCUGUGCGACUGCCGGCUCUAUGACGUGGUCCAGUUCCAGAAGUCUCCAUCGUCCUCCGUGGCUCUGAUCGACACCAGGCUGCGCUGCGCUGACCCAGAGAGCCUGUCGGGGGUGCUGUUCAGCGAGACGGAGCUCCAGAGGUGCCAGGAGCCCCGGGUCCACACGGCUGUGGCCCGGGUCAGGAGCUCCCUGGGGAACAACGUCCUGCUGCGCUGUGGGACCAUCGGAGUCCCCAUCCCAGAGCUGUCCUGGACCCGGGCAGACGGCAAACAGAUGAACGGCACUGGUGAGUUUAAUUGAUUUAUGAAUGUAUUUAUUUUAUUUAUUUGAUGUGUAACAAAUAGAUAUACAGCCAAGAACAAGCAGUGGCUACUGUACACACAGUACCAGUCAGUAUUUUUACUAUUUCCUACGUUGUAGAAUAAUAGUGAAGACAUCCAAACUAUGAAAUAACACAUAUGGAAUCAUGUAGUAACCAAAAAAGUGUUAAACAAAUCAAAAUAUAUUUUAUAUUUGAGAUUCAACAAAUAGCCACCCUUUGCCUUUGUCACGACUUCCUCCGAAGCGGCCUCCUCUCCUUGUUCGAAAAGGCUUCGGCGAUCGUCGUCACUGGCCUUCUAGCCACUGCCGCUCCUCUUUUCAUCACACACCUGGUUCAUAUCCCCUCAUCAGACUCUGUACUAGUAUUCCCUCUGCUCCCCAUGUCAUUGUGUGUGAUUGUUUCCAUGUGGAGGUGUCAUUAGCUCGGUAGAGCAUUAUGUACUUUAUCGCCGGGAUAUUCACCUGUGUGUUUUGUUUUCCCCAGUUUAUUUUAUUUAAUUUAUUUAUUUCACCUUUAUUUAACCAGGUAAGCCAGUUGAGAACAAGUUCUCAUUUACAACUGCGACCUGGCCAAGAUAAAGCAAAGCAGUGCGAUAAAAACAACAACACAGAGUUACAUAUGGGGUAAAAAAACAUAAAGUCCAAAAAAAAAAAUACUACAGAAAAUAUAUAUACAGUGUGUGCAAAUGUAGCAAGUUAUGGAGGUAAGGCAAUAAAUAGGCUAUAGUGCAAAAUAAUUACAAUUAGUAUUAACACUGGAAUGCUAGAUGUGCAAGAGAUUAUGUGCAAAUAGAGAUACUGGGGUGCAAAAGAGCAAAAUAAAUAACAAUAUAGGGAUGAGGUAGUUGGGUGGGCUAAUUUCAGAUGGGCUGUGUACAGGUGCAGUGAUCGGUAAGGUGCUCUGACAACUGAUGCUUAAAGUUAGUGAGGGAGAUAAGAGUCUCCAGCUUCAGAGAUUUUUGCAAUUCGUUCCAGUCAUUGGCAGCAGAGAACUGGAAGGAAUGGCGGCCAAAGGAGGUGUUGGCUUUGGGGAUGACCAGUGAGAUAUACAGUGGGGAAAAAAAGUAUUUAGUCAGCCACCAAUUGUGCAAGUUCUCCCACUUAAAAAGAUGAGAGAGGCCUGUAAUUUUCAUCAUAGGUACACGUCAACUAUGACAGACAAAAUGAGAAAAAAAAAUCCAGAAAAUCACAUUGUAGGAUUUUUAAUGAAUUUAUUUGCAAAUUAUGGUGGAAAAUAAGUAUUUGGUCAAUAACAAAAGUUUCUCAAUACUUUUUUAUAUACCCUUUGUUGGCAAUGACACAGGUCAAACGUUUUCUGUAAGUCUUCACAAGGUUUUCACACACUGUUGCUGGUAUUUUGGCCCAUUCCUCCAUGCAGAUCUCCUCUAGAGCAGUGAUGUUUUGGGGCUGUCGCUGGGCAACACAGACUUUCAACUCCCUCCAAAGAUUUUCUAUGGGGUUGAGAUCAGGAGACUGGCUAGGCCACUCCAGGACCUUGAAAUGCUUCUUACGAAGCCACUCCUUCAUUGCCCGGGCGGUGUGUUUGGGAUCAUUGUCAUGCUGAAAGACCCAGCCACGUUUCAUCUUCAAUGCCCUUGCUGAUGGAAGGAGGUUUUCACUCAAAAUCUCACGAUACAUGGCCCUAUUCAUUCGUUCCUUUACACGGAUCAGUCGUCCUGGUCCCUUUGCAGAAAAACAGCCCCAAAGCAUGAUGUUUCCACCCCCAUACUUCACAGUAGGUAUGGUGUUCUUUGGAUGCAACUCAGCAUUCUUUGUCCUCCAAACACGACGAGUUGAGUUUUUACCAAAAAGUUCUAUUUUGGUUUCAUCUGACCAUAUGACAUUCUCCCAAUCCUCUUCUGGAUCAUCCAAAUGCACUCUAGCAAACUUCAGACAGGCCUGGACAUUUACUGGCUUAAGCAGGCGGACACGUCUUGCACUGCAGGAUUUGAGUCCCUGGCGGCGUAGUGUGUCACUGAUGGUAGGCUUUGUUACUUUGGUCCCAGCUCUCUGCAGGUCAUUCACUAGGUCCCCCCGUGUGGUUCUGGGAUUUUUGCUCACCGUUCUUGUGAUCAUUUUGACCCUACGGGGUGAGAUCUUGCGUGGAGCCCCAGAUCGAGGGAGAUUAUCAGUGGUCUUGUAUGUCUUCCAUUUCCUAAUAAUUGCUCCCACAGUUGAUUUCUUCAAACCAAGCUGCUUACCUAUUGCAGAUUCAGUCUUCCCAGCCUGGUGCAGGUCUACAAUUUUGUUUCUGGUGUCCUUUGUCAGCUCUUUGGUCUUGGCCAUAGUGGAGUUUGGAGUGUGACUGUUUGAGGUUGUGGACAGGUGUCUUUUAUACUGAUAACAAGUUCAAACAGAUGCCAUUAAUACAGGUAACGAGUGGAGGACAGAGGAGCCUCUUAAAGAAGAAGUUACAGGUCUGUGAGAGCCAGAAAUCUUGCUUCUUUGUAGGUGACCAAAUACUUAUUUUCCACCUUAAUUUGCAAAUAAAUUCAUAAAAAAUCCUACAAUGUGAUUUUCUGGAUGUUUUUUUCUCAAUUUGUCUUUCAUAGUUGACGUGUACCUAUGAUGAAAAUUUCAGGCCUCUCUCAUCUUUUUAAGUGGGAGAACUUGCACAAAUAGUGGCUGACUAAAUACUUUUUUGCCCCACUGUACCUGCUGGAGCGCAGACUACGGGUGGGUGCUGCUAUGGUGACCAAUGAGCUAAGAUAAGGCGGGGAUUUGCCUAGCAGUGAUUUAUAGAUGGCCUGGAGCCAGUGGGUUUGACGACGAACAUGUAGUGAGGACCAGCCAACAAGAGCGUACAGGUCACAGUGGUGGGUAGUGUAUGGGGCUUUGGAGACAAAACGGAUGGCACUGUGAUAGACUACAUCCAAUUUGCUGAGUAGAGUGUUGGAGGCUAUUUUGUAAAUGACAUCGCCGAAGUCAAGGAUCGGUAGGAUAGUCAGUUUUACGAGGGCAUGUUUGGCAGCAUGAGUGAAGGAGGCUUUGUUGCGAAAUAGGAAGCCGAUUCUAGAUUUAACUUUGGAUUGGAGAUUCUAAAUGUGAGUCUGGAAGGAGAGUUUACAGUCUAACCAGACACCUAGGUAUUUGUAGUUGUCCACAUACUCUAGGUCAGACCCGUCGAGAGUAGUGAUUCUAGUCGGGUGGGCGGGUGCCAGCAGCGUUCGAUUGAAGAGCAUGCAUUUAGUUUUACUAGUGUUUAAGAGCAGUUGGAGGCUACUGAAGGAGUGUUCUAUGGCAUUGAAGCUCGUUUGGAGGUUUGUUAAUACAGUGUCCAAUGAAGGGCCAGAUGUAUACAAAAUGGUGUCGUCUGCGUAGAGGUGGAUCUGAGAGUCACCAGCAGCGAGAGCGACAUCAUUGAUAUACACUGAGAAAAGAGUCGGCCCAAGAAUUGAACCCUGUGGCACCCCCAUAGAGACUGCCAUAGGUCCAGACAACAGGCCCUCCGAUUUGACACAUUGAACUCUAUCUGAGAAGUAGUUGGUGAACCAGGCGAGGCAGUCAUUUGAGAAACCAAGGCUAUUUAGUCUGCCAAUAAGAAUGCGGUGGUUGACAGAGUCGAAAGCCUUGGCCAGGUCGAUGAAGACGGCUGCACAGUACUGUCUAUUAUCGAUCGCGGUUAUAAUAUCGUUUAGGACCUUGAGCGUGGCUGAAGUGCACCCAUGACCAGCUCGGAAACCGGAUUGCAUAGCGGAGAAGGUACGGUGGGAUUCGAAAUGGUCGGUGAUGUGUUUGUUAACUUGGCUUUCAAAUACUUUCGAAAGGCAGGGCAGGAUGGAUAUAGGUCUGUAACAGUUUGGAUCUAGAGUGUCACCCCCUUUUGAAGAGGGUUACAGUGCGCCGUUAAGUCGCACUGUAAUUAUUUUACGCAUUGCUGCGAACCGCUGUAUUGGCGGAAUAAACCAUUAUUCUGGGAUUUACACCUCCUGCGCCUGACUCCAUCCAAAUCACCCGCUAUAGAAUCACCCGAACAGCAUGGAGUCAGCAGGAGCAGAGAAUAUGCCUGGAGUUGUUGAGCGGGUCUGGGAGCAUUCCAACAUGUUAGCAAGCUUGGGCGAAGCGAUGGAUCGGGUUCUCCAGGCCAUCCAGCGCCUGGAGAGGAGAGGACCCGACCCUGCGGAACCAGCUCAGCGACCGGAUCCAGCCACCCACACACCAGCACCCAGAGGUAUUCACCUUUCUCGACCAAGGGAAUACGACAGGACAGCGGCCCGCUGCCAGGGUUUUCUCCUGCAGCUGGACCUCUAUUUCAACACCAUCAGCCCGGCUCCAUCGGAUUGUGAGAAGGUGUCCGCCCUCGUCUCCUGCCUCUCGGGGAAAGCCCUGAAGUGGGCCAACGCGGUCUGGAGUGAAGGAGGAGACGCGUUGGACAACUGUGGAGAGUUCGCUCGCCUCUUCCGGGCAGUCUUUGAUCAUCCCCCCGAAGGAAGAGAGGCGGGCGAACGUCUGGUCCAUCUGAGGCAGGGACGAGGACCGCGCAAGACUUUGCCCUGGAGUUUAGAACUCUAGCAGCUGGGUCCGGGUGGAACGUGCGGGCCCUCAUCGACCACUUCCGAUGCGGCCUGUGUGAGGACGUCCGAAGGGAGCUAGCUUGCAGGGAUACCACGUUGACCUUCAACCAACUGGUGGACAUGGCCAUCCGGUUGGACAACCUGCUGGCUUCGAGAGGACGUCCUGGAAGGGGCCUGCCCGUUUCACCCCCCUUCAACCCGGAUCAUGUUCCGAUGGAGCUGGGUGGUGCAGCGUUCCGGGAGAACGGAGGACGACAGUUCCAGUGUCACUCUUGUGGCAAGAGAGGACAUUCUGCUGCACGAUGUCAUCAGAGUUCUUCUGGUUCUGGAGGCGGCAGGCAGGGCACUCUCGCGUCACCCCAGGUAGCGCAAACCCACACUCGUUCAGAGCCCUCUGCUGCGCAUUUCACCAUCCACGUCAACUUUCCUGAUUACACGGUAGUUCCCCAGUGUAAGGUGCUGGUAGAUUCAGGCGCAGCUGGGAACUUUAUGGACAGGUCUUAGCUCUUAGUCUAUGUAUUCCAUUGGUUCCCCUGUCUAUUCCAUUACCCAUCAAAGCACAUGACAAUCAACCAUUAGGGUCAGGUUUUGUUAGGGAGGUUACAGCACCAGUCACUAUGAUUACGCAGGAGACCCAUAAUGAGCAAAUCACGUUUCACAUUAUUGAGUCCCCUGAUUUUCCUGUUGUGUUGGGCCUUCCCUGGCUAGCACUACACGACACCAUCUUUUCAUGGCCACAGAGGGCUCUCACAGGGUGGUCGCGAGAGUGUCAGGGUAGGUGUCUAGCUGUUUCCGUUGGUGCGACCACUACUCCUCAUUUCCUCUGUCCUUUGUGAAUGAGGUGUUUCGGGACAUGCUUGGUCGCGGUGUGGUGGUCUACAUCAAAGACAUCCUGGUGUAUUCCACUAUAGAACAGUGUCUGUUCUUCCAACAAUCUGUCUCCUUCCUUGGAUACCACAUCACCACCUCAGGUGUGGAGAUGGAGGGAGAUCGCAUUUCAGCCGUGCGUAAUUGGCCGACUCCAACCACGGUAAAGGAGGUGCAGCGCUUCAUUGGCUUUGCCAAUUACUAUCGGUGGUUUAUCUGGGGCUUUGGCAAGGUCGAUAGCUCGGUGGAGCAUUAUGUACUUUAUCGCCGAGAUAUUCACCUGUGUGUUUUGUUUUCCCCCAGUGCGCCGUUAAGUCACACUGUAGUUGUUUUACGCAUUGCUGCGAACUGCUGUAUUGGCCGAAUAAACCAUUAUUCUGGGAUUUACACCUCCUGCACCUGACUCCGUCCAAAUCACCCGCUACAGCCUUGAUGACAGCUUUUCACACUCUUGGCAUUCUCUCAACCAGCUUCACCAGGAAUGCUUUUCCAACCGUCUUGAAGGCGUUUCCACAUAUGCUGAGCACUUGUUGGCUGCUUUUCCUUCACUCUGCCGUCCGAUUCAUCCCACACCAUCUCAAUUAGGUUGAGGUUGGGGGAUUGUGGAGGCCAGGUCAUCUGAUGCAGCACUCCAUCACUCUCCCUCUUCGUAAAAUAGACCUUACACAGCCUGGAGGUGUGUUGGGUCGUUGUCCUGUUAAAAAACAAAUGAUAGUCCCACUAAGCCCAAACCAGAUGGGAUGGCGUAUCACUGCAGAAUGCUGUGGUAGUCAUGCUGGUUAAGUGUGCCUUGAAUUCUAAAAUAAAUCACAGACCGUGUCACCAGCAAAGCAACCCCACACCAUAACACCUCCUCCUCCAUGCUUUACGAUGGGAAAUACACAUGAUACACAUGCAGAGAUCAUCCAUUCACCCACACCGCGUCUCACAAAGACACAGCGGUUGGAACCAAAAAUCUCUAAUUUGGACUACAGACCAAAGGACACAUUUCCACCAGUCUAAUGUCCAUUGCUCGUGUUUCUUGGCCCAAGCAGGUAUCUUCUUCUUAUUGGUGUCCUUUAGUAGUGGUUUCUUUGCAGCAAUUCGACCAUGAAGGCCUGAUUCACACAGUCCCCUCUGAACAGUUGAUUUUGAGAUGUGUCUGUGUCUUGAACUCUGUCAUUUAUUUGGGCUGCAAUUUCUGAGGCUGGUAACUCUAAUGAACUUAUCCUCUGCAGCAGAGAGAACUCUGGGUCCUCCAUUCCUGUGGCGGUCCUCAUGAGAGCCAGUUUCAUCAUAGCUCUUGAUGGUUUUUGUGUCUGCACUUGAAGAAACUUUCAAAGUUCUUGAAAUGUUCCGUAUUGACUGACCUUCAUGUCUUAAAGUAAUGAUGGACUGUCGUUUCUCUUUGCUUAUUUGAGCUGUUCUUGCCAAAAUAUGGACUUUUUUCUGUACACCCCCCUACCUUGUCACAACUGAUUGUCUCAAACGCAUUAAGAAGGAAAGAGAUUCCACAUAUUCACUUUUAAGAAGGCACACCUGUUAAUUGAAAUGCAUUCCAGGUGACAACCUCAUGAAGCUGGUUGAGAGAAUGCCAAGAGUGUGGAAAGCUGUCAUCAAGCCAAAGGGUGGCUACUUUGAAGAAUCUCAAAUAUAAAAUAUAUUUUGAUUUCUUUAACACUUUUUUGGUUACUAAAUGAUUCCAUAUGUGUUAUUUCAUAGUUUUGAUGUCUUCAUUAUUAUUCUACAAUGUAAAAAAAAUAGUUUAAAAAAGCAAAAAAACCUUGAAUGAGUAGGUGUGUCCAAACUUCUGACUGGUAGUGUACGUAAAAAAUGGAUGAAGGACAACACAAAAAAGUUGACAUUUCAGUUGUGCUCUAAACCUGCUCCAGUUAUGGCAGGUCUUAGCCUGGUCCCAGAUCUAUUUGUGCUGUCUUGGAAACUCUUAUGGUCACUGUUUGGCGUAGUUCGCAAGACAGCACAAGAAGAUCUGGGACCAGGGCAUCUGGAAAUCUGGGACCAGGGACCAGGAAAUCUAUUUUUGUACAGUCAGAAGCUGAAAUAGCCUAGAUUACAGAUGGAUGGACUGUUUUCUCUUCACUAAUCACAUUUUCUUCGUAUUUCUUUGAUAGUUCAGGAAGAAGUUUCAAAGGAGGGAAUCAUUUGGUCCCUCCUGAGUGUGCGUGCUGUCUCUUACAGGGACUCUGGGAAAUACAUCUGCAAAGCGACGAACUUUGUGGGGACUGCAGAUGCCAUCAUCUCCCUGGUUAUCACAGACUCCUUUAAAAAUGAUGAACAAGGUGGCAGCUCCAAGACUAGAAACCAAAGGGGACGGAAAACCGGUGGGUUUGGGAAAGCUGCCUACCAGGAUAAACUCGUUACAAAAUACAUACCUCCACCAACCACCACGGCGGCCACGCCCAUCAUCGAACCACUAGGACCGGGCGGUUUCACAGGAAAGCAUAAUAUCGAGAGCUACAGUAUUUCGCGCAGCGUGGCUGACGGACAGACGCCCAGUCCUCCCAUCACGGAGACAGCGAUGCAGGAAGUGGAGAAGGAGAUCCUUAGCAACCUGGCAGCCAAUGUCUCUUCUUUACAGGCGCCGGCGCCGCCGGAGAAACGGGUGGUGCGAUCGGUGAAGGUAAUCGGGGACACCGACCACACCGUCUCCCUGAACUGGCGGGCCACGGCGGCCAAGAACACUACAGAGUUCAGCGUCCUGUACGCCGUGUUUGGCGAGAGGGACAUGCGGAGGAUCAACGUCGGUGCGGGAAAGAACCGGAUCACCAUCGAGGGCCUUGUGCCAAGGACAAAGUACAUCGCCUGCGUCUGCGUCAAAGGCCUGAUCCCAAAAAAGGAGCAGUGCGUAAUCUUCUCAACGGACGAGGCGGCCAGCGCUAGCGGCACCCAGAAGCUCAUUAACGUGGUGGUGAUCACCGUGGCCUGCGUGAUCGCUGUCCCCCUGACGUUGAUCGUCUGCUGCGGGGCGCUCAAGAAGCGCUGUAAAAAGCUACUGGAGAGGAAAUCCAAAGAUAUCCAAGAAUCAUAUGUGACAUUCGAGACCCUCUCCCCAGGACAGAAGCCUAACGGGAUGGAGGGGGAGUACCUUGCCAGGCGACAGCCAGAUGAGUCCAACAGACUGCUCUCUGCUAGGUCCAGUGUGGGCUCUGAGGCCACUUGUAGGACUGAGGGACCGCCUAACGAGUACUUUUGUUGAUACCAAAUGAUGGCCUCAACCUUUAUAGGGCAGAGAAAGUCUGUCCUUUCCAAGCACAACUUAAAGAUGCGUUAUAAAGGUUUUGUAGAAUUUCAGCCAGUAGUUGACAGCAGCGUGAGUGAAACUGCUCAGAGACUGGACAGAACUAGAAGGACAGUUGCAUGGACACUUUUGCCUUUGGAUAAAACAUGUGUGGUGAAUAUGUGAGUUUAGAUAAAUAGGAGAAGUAAAUGUACAGCCUUGUGGGAAUAAAGGCCACCCUUGACCCUUGACCUGGUGAACUGUACAAAAAUAAAGAAAAAAGAAAAUGUUGAUUUCAUUGUACACAUAAAUUAUUUCUGAUCUGCAAAGAAACAUUUUAUAUUUGUCAUGCACCUUUUAAGGGGGUUAUUUAACUUUUUCAAAAUUCCCAGGUUUUCCAGAAAUUCUGUGUGGAAGAUUCCCAGAAUCAGAAUCGAAUAGGAAACCCUAAAUGAUUCUACUAGAAUCUUCUUAAUAAAGGUUUGCAAAUAGAAAGAGUAAUGACAGAGUUAUUCUGAAAUAAAUCUGACCUCAGAAUUCUGGCACAGUUGUUAUUUGACAAAAUAAUGUAUUUGUAAAGUAUUGUUGAAGCAGAACUCAAUAUCUGUAGUGAUGUUUUAUACUUCUGUGUAUUUACCAUAUA